GCGGAGGGCGGGGGCCCGCGGGCCGGAACAGCCGCGGCAAGUGGCGGCGGCGGCGGCGACGGAGGCAGCUGAGGCGGCGGCGGCGAGCGGGGGUCCGGGCGGCGGCGGCGGCGGCGGCGGCGGCGGGCCGAGGAGCCGGGCGCGAUGGAGCGGAAGAGCCCCAGUGGGAAGAAGUUCCGGAGCAAACCCCAGCUGGCACGGUACCUGGGGGGUUCCAUGGACCUGAGCACCUUUGACUUCCGGACGGGCAAGAUGCUGAUGAGCAAGAUGAACAAGAGCCGGCAGAGGGUCCGCUAUGACUCGUCCAACCAGGUCAAGGGCAAGCCCGACCUGAACACGGCCCUCCCCGUCAGGCAGACGGCAUCCAUCUUCAAGCAGCCAGUGACCAAGAUCACCAACCACCCCAGCAACAAGGUGAAGAGUGACCCCCAGAAGGCCGUGGAGCAACCUCGGCAGCUUUUCUGGGAGAAGAAGCUGAGUGGCCUCAAUGCCUUUGACAUCGCCGAGGAGCUCGUGAAGACCAUGGACCUGCCCAAAGGCCUGCAAGGCGUGGGGCCUGGCUGCACAGAUGAGACCCUGUUGUCGGCCAUCGCCAGCGCCCUGCACACCAGCACCAUGCCCAUCACCGGGCAGCUCUCGGCCGCCGUGGAGAAGAAUCCUGGGGUGUGGCUCAACACAGCCCAGCCCCUCUGCAAGGCCUUCAUGGUGACCGAUGAGGACAUCAGGAGGCAGGAGGAGCUGGUGCAGCAGGUGCGCAAGCGGCUGGAGGAGGCGCUGAUGGCCGACAUGCUGGCCCACGUCGAGGAGCUGGCCCGGGACGGCGAGGCGCCGCUGGACAAGCCCAGCGCCGACGGGGACGAGGCCGGGGACGAGGACGGGGACGAGGACGAGCCGGACCAGGGGCCGGAGCACGUCUAGAAGCAGAGGCCGCGUGGAGCCCUGCCGCGGGGAGCCCCCCGCGGACUCCGCCGUGCCCACGCUCGGACCACGCUCUGUGGCCCGGCCCCGGACGAUGGCUGCCCCUCCUGGGCCCUCCCAGGCGUGUCCCCUCCCCUGGGCCCACGGGGGCACGGCUGGAGGGCAGCUCCUGCCCGACGGGCCCCCCGUGUGGGCUCUUCUUCUGAAGGCCUGGGGUCCGGAAGUGUCGUCCACCGGCCCCCGGGCCCGCCUGCAGGAGGCCCUCCUCGGCGCCGUCUCUCCACCUGGACUUGGGGCUGGCCUCACCCCCACGGCCGCAUCACACAGGACGGCCGCCACCGGGGGCCUGCGAGGGUCCCCAGGGGGCUGGAGAAGCAGUUUUCGGAACAGUCCCCGCCUCCCGAUCCCCGCGUGUGAGGACGCCGUUCCGGGGUCCGCACAUCAGCCCUCCAAGGAGGGGGGAUGCCCACCGGCGGGCGAAGCCGCCCCGGCUCGGAGCUCAUCUGGAGGCAAACGGCGCAACCCAGACGUUGUCCUUCAAUAAAUCCGUGACACAAACAAGGCUGGACGUCCACAUAACUGCUUAGCCUUUGUGUUCGCUGCACGUGGAUGCGGACUCUAGCCUUUGUGUUGGGAAAACCUCACUGUCCACAGCGCGGCCGACCCGGCCUGAGGGUCAGCCAGCCACCGGCGAUGGCGAACUGCUUGCGGCCGACUCGCCAGGCCGGGGCUCCAAGGCAGCUGGGCCGUCGACUGGCCUCCCUUCCCCUCCCUGUGUAGCGGGGACGGGGGUGCCCAGCACUCAGGGCCAGAGCUGGUCCUGGGCCGCAGCUCCUCCGAGGUCCCAUCCUGGGGUGCGUUCUGUGGCCCCGGCGUUUCCAAGCAUCUGGUGCCCAGAGCAGCGGCAUCUGGGCAGCUCCGGGCGCAGGGGGGCGUCGGAAUCGUCCUUCAUCCUUGCCCUCUCCUAGCCUGAGUGCCUUGGGUGAGGGGCGCCCUCCCGUCCCCGCUCAGCCCCGGCCAGCAGCUGGAGACCGUCGGGAAGGACCUGGGUCGCUGCCUGUGUGGCUGUCACCCUGGCUGAUGCACAGGGUGGGGGCCAUGGCAGGAGCCACCUGCUCAUCCGAGACGCUGGCCCAGCACGGCACAUUGGCAGCAUCCUUCUAGUCCAGUCAAAGCACAAAUCCUCCAGAACCACCCACGAAGGGUGUGGCCGGCGUGCUGUGGGGGCCGGGCCACCACAGGCCUCGGGAAGGCCUCUCCCCUAAGGCCACGCAUCGUCCUGCCCUUCAUGGAGGCUGUAGCCGCUGAAGGAGCUCCGUCUGGGGCUGGCCCCUGUGUGGGCCUGAGGUCCAGGUGCCCGGAGCCCUGCCCAGCGGAAGGGACUGCGGGGCCCGGGAGGCACCCUGUCCUGUGGGCGACCGUUGAAUAAAGCCAUCUCGGUGA